GUUGUGAUCUGUGUAAACAGAGCUUGCAUUAUUCUGAGCAAGCACAAGCAAAAGCAACGGCGUAUGCGAACAUUCCGUUAACAACUUGUAAAAUCAGAUUUUUAAUGUCGUGACUUUUUAGUUUUCAUCCAUUUUUGCUCUCUGGUUCUCUGGAUAUGGGCUAAAUGUUCGAAAGCUGUCAAUACAUAUACAAUGGGUUCGACGAGCUCCACCCUAUUAAAAAUCCCAAACGUCGAGGUGUUGAUGCAAGAAACUGGCUUCUCGCCUGCCCACAUUAUUCGUCUCCAUGAUCGCUUCAAAGCUCUGGAUAAAGAAGGACGAGGUCAUCUCUGUCCCCAGGAUUUUGGAGCCAUAAAGGAGCUGGCGAUGAACCCCAUAGGAGACAGAAUAAUAGGUGCCUUCUUCUCCCCAGGGAAGGAAACGGUGGACUUCCACACUUUUGUGAAGAUCCUGGCUCAUUUCCGGCCUGUUGACAAGAACCGACCCAAAGAGCCCAAUUCUCCUGAACCCAUCAAUAGCAGGAGCAACAAACUCAAAUUUGCGUUUCAGUUGUAUGACCAAGACCAGGAUGGCAAGAUUUCCAGAGAUGAGCUUUUAAAGGUUCUCCAGGCCAUGCUGGGGAUGCAGGUGACAGAGGAGCAGCUGGAGAGCAUAGCAGACCGCACUAUACAGGAAGCUGAUCUAGACCGUGAUGACGCAAUAUCGUUUGAGGAGUUUCGUAAGUCUCUGGAGAAGGUCAACAUUGACCACAAGAUGAGCAUUCGCUUCUUGCGCUAGACUACUAGAGCAUCAUGGGAUAGCGUGUAUGCCUUUAUCUCCAAGCUUCAGAAAAUGGAAGGAAUAUCCCAAAAUGCCCAGGACAGUAUGACGGGAUCAGUGUUUGUCUGUCUAACAGGAAUUUAACGCACUGGUAAUGUCUGCACAAAAACUGCACAUUGACAAAUAUUUACACUACUGGAGAAGUGAUUUUUAUUCAGCCAGGAUGCAUUAAAUUGAUCAAAAGUGACAGUAAAG